CUCUGACGUUAAAUGAAAAGUCAAAAUAAACUAUUUUCAUUUUGUUAUUUUUACUUCUACUACUUUUAACCCUGUAGUUUUCCGGAAAAUGUUCAGACCUGGCGCCCCGGCGGCCCUCGGACGGCCGGUCCUGCAUCCUGGCACUUACCUUCAUCCUGGUAACUCACAAGUCCCCGGACCAAAAACAGGAACAGGUGAACGAUGAGUUCAGGGGCAGCAGCAGAGGACGAGGACGCCGCAGCGUUAGAGACCGUCAAAUCUGUCACACUCACUCAGGACACUGAUGGAAGCAUCAUCCUGCACUGUCCUCCCAACGACGAUGCAGACGAGGAGGCGGAGCCUCUCCAGAAGAAACUGCGUCUGUCUGCAGAGGAACAGGAAGACGCAGACGGUCCUCAGUUCUCUGUCGUCACGUUACCCAUGUCGGAGAACGACGAAGGCUUCGAGGUGACGAUGACGGCCACAGCAGACGGUGAUCUGUCUGAGGAAGGUGUCGCUCAGAUUCAGAUUCUGCAGGAGGAUGAAGACUCUCUCUCGCCCAAUCAGAAGACAGAGGUGUCGCCUGUCAGUCAGGCCUGGUUCACUACCAAAGAAGACAAAGACACACUGGCUAACAAAGGUCACAAGUGGAAACAGGGCAUGUGGUCUAAAGAGGAGAUCGACAUUCUGAUGAGCAACAUCGACCGAUACGUGAAGGGCCGAGGCAUCGAGGAUCCAGCAGAGAUCAUUUUUGAGAUGUCCAAAGAGGAGAGGAAGGAUUUCUACCGCUCUGUGGCGUUGGGGUUAAACAGGCCGCUGUUCGCCGUCUACAGACGAGUUCUACGAAUGUACGACAACCGCAACCACGUUGGGAAGUACACUCCUGAUGAGAUAGAGAAGCUAAAAGCGCUGAGGGAGAAACACGGGAACGACUGGGCGACGAUCGGAGCCGCUCUCGGUCGAAGUGCCUCUUCUGUCAAAGACCGCUGCCGACUGAUGAAGGACACCUGUAACACAGGUAAAUGGAGCGAGGAGGAGGAGAGACGUCUUGCUGAGGUCGUGUACGAGAUGGCGGGUGUAUCGCCAGGGUCGGCGGUCACAGGAGGCGUUUCCUGGGCGACGGUCGCUGAUCAGGUUCGAACGCGCUCUGAGAAACAGUGUCGGUCGAAGUGGUUGAACUACCUGAACUGGAAACACAGCGGAGGAACAGAGUGGAUGAAGGAGGACGACCUCAACCUCAUACGUAGGAUCUCAGAGCUGGAGGUGGAGGAUGAGAAUGAAAUCAGGUGGGAGGAUCUGGCGGGCGGGUGGAGCAGCGUCCGGUCGCCUCAGUGGCUGCGAUCGAAGUGGUGGAGCAUCAAGAGACAAGUAGCGAAUCACAAGGACAUCCCCUUCAACGUCCUCCUGAAGGGUCUCCAGGAGCUCAUGGCGUCCUCACAGACGGCCUCCGGACCAGGGAGCCCCUGCUCCUCCUCCUCGUCCUCGCUCCAGAUCCGACUCACCCGAUUGGAGGAGAGCGGCGGCAGCCCCACCCCCAGCUCUGUGGCUGCGCUGCAGAUUCCUGUACAGAUCCCGCUGCAGAUCACACACCUGGCUUCAGAUUCUUCAGCAGCAGCCAGCGACAGUGAAACCAUCACUCUGAACACAGGAGCCCUGCAAACCUUCGAAAUCCUGCCUUCGUUCCACCUGCAGCCCACCGGCACCCCGGGGACCUACUACCUCCAGACGACGUCCAAUCAGGGCCUGCCGCUCAGCCUCUCCACCAGUCAGGGCCUCCCGCUCAGUUUAACCAAUAACAGCACUGUUACCCUGACGACAGGCUCCUCCCCCUCAUCACAUGAACACAUCAUCCUCCACAGUCUGUCGACGGACGGCCUCUGCUCCAGCGACGGCGUCAUCAUACAGACUGUCACCUCUGACCCCGCCUCCUCUGACCCUCUCAGCCAAUCACAGCUGGUUCUCGAAGCUUCAGAUUCUUCAGCAGCAGCCAGCGACAGUGCCAUCUCCUGAACACAGGAGCCCUGCAAACCUUACGGAAAUCCUGCCUGUAAGCCAAUGACCGAUGGCUUCACCGACACUGACAAGGAGCUGAACUCACCGUCUGUUGAGGCUCCAGUGGUGCAUUCUAGGAUACCAUCUGGCAGCGCCGUGCUGAUUGUUUCUCCACCCAACAUCAGCAGCACACUGACAGAUCCGAUCCUUGUGUGUGUGUGUGUGUGUGUGUGUGGACCUCCUCAUGACAGAUGA